AGCGCACCUAUUGCGCGUGUACCAACUGCAAAAGAACGCUGCCGCGUUCAGCGACGCACUCACGAUGUUACGUGUGUGGGCGAACCAGCGUGGAUAUGGGGCUGGCGGAGAGCGAAAGUUAUGUAUGCGAGGCUUCGAAGGGCGAGGAUACUGGUGGGCUGCGGUGUUGGACUUGCUUGUGAACGGGGAGGAGGCACUACCUACAGCAAAGCUUUCGGGUGCCGCGUCGAAGCGCAAACCUCUCGGCAAGGGUUUGAGUUCAUAUCAGUUGUUUAGAGCCGCGCUUGACUUCUUUGCGAAGACGGACUUCAGUAUCGACCACAUCUUCCUAAAGACGGAGAAUGGUCAGCAUCGUUUUCCGCCCGCAGAAUAUGACGGAUGCGAGCCUGUCUUUAUUGACCAUACAUCCUCUGUGAACCUACUUGCGGGAAUGCCGCUAGGUUCACUCGAGAUGCUCAAACAUGACGCGAAGUUGACACUUGAGACAUUGAACGAUAGCUCGCUUUCGGCGUAUGAGGAUCCUUUCACGGAGACGUUACUUCGAGAUAGGCGCGACUUGCAAAAGCGCUUUGACGUUGUUUUGAGGAUCGACCUGUCGCAGGCGAAAUUGCUCAAACCUUCAAUCCAUGUGGUGCUUGACACGGGCUCAGCUUACAACGCACUGCUCGCUACCCUCGAGUCCACCGUCCGCAUCGGCCUCGGCAACCGUGCCAAGGCUGUCGCAAUUCUCCACUCGUCGGUAUCAUCACGCCCGCUAUCGCAGGCUCAGCCCGCAUUCCCUCCUGUCAUUUACAUUGGGCUCAUCCUGGACACUGAGCACGCUUUUCGCCUCGUGGACCAUGGUCCGCCGGCGGAAGAGUCUGAGACCCAGGAAACCCGAAGAUUCAGGGAGCUAUGGGGCGAGAAGUCAGAGCUACGGAGAUUUAAGGAUGGUAGCAUCGCGGAGAGUGCUGUCUGGGACAUUCGCAACGCGGACGAGCGCGCGCAAAUUCCGUUUUUCAUCGCUCGCUACCUCGUGCACCGGCAUUGUGGCGUGCCCGAGAGCAACAUGCGCGCAUGGCAAAGCGACUUCGAUAGUGUCCUCCGCGUACCGCACGAACUCGCGAACUUGUACCAGAGUGUAGGUGCGCAGGCUGGGUUCAAGGCUGCCAUGACCGCAUUCGACACGCUGGUGAAGAACAUCAAGGCGCUCGACGACCAGCUUCCUCUCGCUGUGCUCAACAUCAGCCCCGUGAGCGAGAGUCUUCGGUAUACGAGUGUUUUUGCACCUGUGGCAAUGGACCAGAAGCUAGAGGGCACGCUGCCCGCAUGCGCGCGAUACGUCCCAGUCAUGGAUGUGAUCAUCGAAUUCGAGAAGAGUGGCCGUUGGCCGGACGAUCUGCGCGCAAUUCAGAAGAUCAAGCUCGCUUUCUUCGAGACGCUUGGCUCUGCACUUAUGUCGUCCGCGCCUGGACUGUGCGCGACUAUCGUACUAGGAGAUGCCGCACAUGUCUCUGAGAUCGAGGACGCGGGCUGCCUCGAGCUCAUCACACCGGACGGCUGGGCAUUCAAUGCACGCAUCUGGCACGACCGCGAGGCGACGCUCCUUGAUCAGCUUAUCGACGACAAGCCACAUCUCCCAAAGCAUAUCAAGAAGAAGCUUGCGAAGGCGAACCCAGUCAAUGGCUCCGGUCCCGACCCACGCCUGCGCGCUCAGGCGAUGCACGCCAAGGAUGUGUAUACGCGCCGUUUCAUACAUGCCCCGAGGCACCACAGGGCGAUUGCGGCCCUCGCACAUCGUUUCACUGCAUUCGCAAGCACAGUACGCCUGGUGAAGCGCUGGCUCGCAAGCCAUUGGCUCCUACGUGCACAUGUUAGUGAAGAGGCCGCUGAGCUGCUAUGCGCACAUGUAUUUCUUGGAGCGACACGCACUACAAAGGACCGCGAGAGCGUACCUGGGACCAAAGAGCGCGGCUUUGUAAUGGUGGUGCACUUCCUGAAGGACUGGGAGUGGGAGAAGGGAGUCUUCGUGCCACUGUAUGGCGAUGAGAAAGCUGAGAUGUCAGAGGGAGAGACGAAACAGGCCGAGGUUGAGAUCAAGGCUGGAGAUUGUCGUGGUGUGUGGGUGGUCUCAACGGAGCAUGACGAGGAGGGGCACAUGUGGACAGCGGAGUGCCCAGACGGUAUCGCAGCAAGACGCGUGCAGACAGUUGCCAAAGCGAGCUGGACAGCCCUCCAGGAGAUUGAGAACGUCGAGUUCGAUUCCAAGACACUCUUCGUUCACCCUACCGAGCACUAUGAUUUCCUUGUACGGCUUGACCGGGCUACUCUUCCGCGAUACCACCACAACGUCGCCACCGACGCGUCUGCGCUUUUCGGAAAAUCGGGCAAGUACACCAAUAACCGGCUGACCGUUGCACCGAGAGAGCCGCAGCGGCGUCCCGGCUUUGACCCAGCACAGAUGUUCUUUGAUGACUUGAAGAGGGUCUAUACAGACACUUUCAAAGUCUUCUAUGACCCCCUUGGCGGAGACCAAUACGGCGGGAUCUGGGACCCAACGCUCAAGGAGCCACGACCGUUCCGUGUGCUUGGCGGGUUCAAUAGCGCUCCAGCACCGAAGGAGAAUGAAAAGUCGAAAGACAAAGGCUUCGUUAAGCUAAAUCAUGAUGCAAUCUUCACUGAAAUUGAGCGCAUGGGUACGGGAAUUGUGGAAGGCAUCACAGUGCAGGUGUAGUUAUGCUUUCAGAUUUGGGUGUACCUGAUUCGUAGCUUGUAUGAAGUAUGCUGGAUGUUUAUC